AUGACUCCAAUCCCGCGACCUAGCGCUGCAACAACGUCACUCAUCACACGACCAAACGUUUCCACGACCAUGACUACAUUUCCGGUUCCUAGCGCUCCAACGACCACGUCUCUCAUCACACGACCCGGCGUUUCAACGACCAUGACUCCAAUCCCGCGAUCUUAUGUUUUAAAGACAAUGUCUCUCUUCACACGACCCAGCAUUUCAACGACCAAGACUCCAUUCCCACGUCCUAGCGCUCCAACGACCACGUCUCUCAUUACACGAUCCAGUGUUUCAACGACCAUGACUCCAAUUUCGCAACCUAGCGCUCUAACGACCACGUCUUCCAUCACACGACCUGGCCGCUCAAACGACUACGUGUCUCGUCACGCGACCCAGCGCCGGAACUACCAUGACUCCAAGCCCGCGAGCCUGUGUUUCAACGUCCAUGACACCAACUCUGCAAUCUAG